UGUAGCUCGAGAUCCUUUGUGUGUGUUUGUGUGUGAGGUGAUGGGUUUCGGGGGAAGUUGGAGCGUUCCGGCGAAGCUGUGCGACUCGUGCAAGUCCGCGGCGGCCGCGGUGUACUGCCGCGCCGACGCUGCUUUCUUCUGCCUCGGCUGCGACUCCCGGGUCCACGGGGCCGGCAAGCCGGCGACCGCGCGCCACGAGCGGGUGUGGGUGUGCGAGGUCUGCGAGCAGGCACCCGCCGCCGUCACCUGCAAGGCCGACGCGGCGGCGCUCUGCGUGGCCUGCGACGCCGACAUCCACUCCGCCAACCCCCUCGCCCGGCGCCACGAGCGGGUCCCCGUGGAGCCCUUCCUCGACGCCACCGAGUCCAUCGCCAAGGCCGUCUCCGCCUUCAACUUCCUCGCCGUGCCCAACAAGGCCGGCGGCCCCGACACGUGCUGCGGCGGCGGGGGAGGAGGCGGAGGCGUAGGAUUUGGGGGCGCGUGCCAGAAUGAGGAGUUGGAAGCGGCUUCGUGGCUAUUCCCGAACGCCGCCGGUGUGAGUACUAAUAAGAUCGUGGAAGUAAUGGAUGUGAAAGUAGCGCCGGGUGGUGGUGGUUGUGGUGGUGGAGAUGUGUUCUUCAACGACAUGGAGACGUUCCUUGAUUUUGAGUAUGGCAACAACAACUCGAUGGAUAGGUUUCACGGGUCGGCCACCGAUAGCGUCGUGCCGGUCCAAACCAAACCCGCUCCGGCCCCGGUGGUUCAUCCCUCGUCGGAGAAUUGCUUCGAUAUCGAUUUCUGCAAAUCCAAGCUCACAUCCUUCGGCUACCUCAGCCAUAGCGUGUCAUCAUCUUCACUUGAUGUCGGAGUCGUACCAGAAGGGAACUCCAUGUCCGAUAUCUCGUACCCUUUCGUCCAAAGCAUGAGCGGGAACAGCACCGACCCGAGCAUGACAAACUCGGCAGCCACUACCACGACGGCGAAUCAAGCGACUACGAUGUGCGGGAUGGACCGCAAGGCUAGGGUACUGAGGUACAGAGAGAAGAGGAAGAACCGGAAGUUCGAGAAGACGAUCCGGUACGCCUCGAGGAAGGCCUACGCCGAGACCCGGCCGAGAAUCAAGGGCCGCUUCGCCAAGCGAACGGAGAUCGAAUCGGAAGUGGACAACAUCUACGGGACCGCCCCUGCGGCAUUCAUGUCCGAUUCGCGAUACGGGGUCGUCCCGUCAUUUUGAUUAAAUCAACGCCUGGAGCUAAAUAGCUAGUGGUUUUAGCAGAUCUUUUGUUCCACUAAAUGUGCCAAUGUAGCUUGUACUUGCUUGCUUGUGUCUGUCUUCGUCAUCAUAUAUUGUGCAAUACUGGAAGUUUUUGAUGGGCUGAAUCGGCUUUUUCUCCCUGAUUCCUGAUUCUGAGCUGUUGUAUCUGAACAAGAUUUCCUUUCAGCUCAAAGGAAGAAGAAAGCCCAUUUGCUUUUCACUUUCAGGCUCGUGUAGAUUUUUAACUUUUCUUGUUAUCUUUGGUUUGGUCGUAUCUAAAAAGUCGAACCUUUUCCUUGUC